UCAUUCACCAGGUAGAAGAGCUGCAUCAGAAUGGCCAAUAGGCAGCAACUUCAGUAAAGUGAAAGUAGGUGGAUAGAAAAAAAAACAACAAACGCACACGGAAGGCGCAGACUUAUAUCUCUUUACGUGUGUUAAAACAGCUGGCGUCGAAAUCAGUGUUUGCACACUAUGGCGCUGUGGGCGCAAAUUUCCCCACAGUUACAGUACCUGCCAACUGAGACGCUGAGUGAAAUCUACACAGAAACACUCCCUCUGGAUGUCAGACAUUAUCUGGCCAGCUGGAUAGAGGAACAGAUAUGGGAGGAAUUUGAUCUAGACAACAUGGAGCAGGAGCCUCGGGCCCGAAUACUGUUGGAUCACAUGGUGCGUUUGCUGCAGGAUGUGGCCCAACGAAACCCUAAUGUGGUGGAGAAGGUCAAACUACUACAAUGCAGCAAGAACUUGAGUGUGUACCAGCCACAACCCAUGCAACUUGUGAGGAUGGUUCGAGAUAUGCUAAGGAAAGAAAGACACUUGUUAGGACAGGGUAUAGGCUUCCCACCCUUUCAGCCCAUGCCUGGGGGUCCUCCAGCUGCCAAUGGCACCCCACAACCUGUAAGGGAGGAUUCUAAGGCUGAUGUGGACAUUCUGGUGCUCAAAGUUUUGGAAAUUCAGAACUGCCGACAAACGCUUUAUCAGCUACAAGAGGAUUUGAAUUGGGAAAAACAGGAAAUAGAGCCCAUGCAAGUUCAAAAUGAUUUGGAUCAACAGCAUACGGAUCAAGUCAUUAGACAGAAUCGCAUAAAGCAGCUUGAGUACAACUUUUCAGUUAGUGCAAAGAAGCGUGUGCAGCUUCUUCAGGAGGCUGUGUACGCCCUGGAGCAGUGCCAGUCCUGUCUUAUUCUCAGAAUUAAGUCCUGGAGGUGGGAACAGCACCGAGCAACCAUUGGCGUGCACUUCGAUGACAACCUUGGCUCUCUGCAGACAUGGUGUGAGCAGUUGCUUGGGGUGAAUGGCAAUCUGAAGCAGGAGCUCAUGUUGAUGAAGGCUGACCACGGAGAGGCUGAAGAGUUUCACACGUUGCAGGAAAGCCUGGCACUUCUGCUCCAGACUCUCAUACAGAAUUCAUUGGUAGUAGACAAGCAACCUCCCCAGGUCAUCAAAACCCAAUCCAAGUUUUCCUCCACUGUACGCUAUCUGCUGGGAGAGAAGAUGGUCCCUGGAAAACCCGUCGUAUUGAAAGCGCAGAUUAUUACUGAGGCGCAAGCAAGAAACUUGGGACAACAAAGUAUCGUACCCAAUGAAAAUGUUGGUGAUCUUCUCAACUACACGGCUAUCUUAGAACACAACACCGCUAGCAAGAGCACAUGUGCUACCUUUAGAAACAUGUCCAUAAAGAAGAUCAAACGAGCUGACAGGAAAGGCUCUGAAUCAGUGACGGAGGAAAAGUUUGCUUUGUUGUUCAACACAGAAAUAACCAUCACAGGCUGUGAGAGCUCUUAUGGCAUUCAGACAAUCUCUCUUCCUGUGGUUGUAAUUGUACAUGGUAGUCAGGAAAUCAAUGCUAUGGCGACCAUCAUAUGGGACUGCGCCUUCUCUGAGCCUAACAGGAUACCGUUCGUCAUUCCGGAGCGUGUGCCCUGGAAGCAGAUGUGUGAAGCUCUUAGCAGUAAGUUCAUGUCUGAGGUGCAGACGCACCGGGCCUUGGACGGAUACAACCUUCACUUUCUUGCACAGAAGAUCUUUGACCAGCCAGACAUUGCUCAAGAUUUCGGAGAUAUACCUGUGUCCUGGGCUCAAUUCAACAAGGAAGUUCUGCCUGGUCGAAACUUCACCUUCUGGCAGUGGUUUGAAGGGGUGAUUGAUCUUACGAAGAAAUGCCUGAGAGACUAUUGGACUGAUGGAUUGAUCUUUGGCUUCAUUGGAAAACAUCAUCUCCAUGUCCUCCUCCAAAACAAGCCAAACGGCACCUUUCUUUUGCGCUUUAGUGACUCAGAAAUGGGUGGCAUCACCAUUGCCUAUGUGGGUCUCACUGAUAAUGGAAGCAGGAAAAUCCAGAAUAUCCAACCUUUCACCAAAAAGGAUCUGGACUCAGCUGGCCUUGGUGACCGCAUACGGGAUAUUAGUUGCAUCUCUUAUGUGUAUCCAGACUUAAAAAAGACUGAUGUAUUUGAGAAAUUCUUUACAGUGAUUUCCCCCCCUACUCCUGAUGGAUACCUGCCAUUCAAACUAACAACAGUAGUCAACUCAGGAGACCUUAGCUCCUCCACUCCCAGCAUGCCACCUCAGACUGACCUCCCUCCGGAUUUCUAUGACCAAUCUAUUGUCCCAGUCUAUGGACUAAACAUGAAUCAGAAUCAUUUCUCACCGCAUCCUAGUAAUUGUACACCCACAUAUAUGCCAGACCCCGUGUCUGGUCAAGGACCAAUCUACCCGCCAUCCAUGCCACCAGCUCCCUCAGAUGAACCCAUAGACAUGGAUUCGCUGGAGGGAAUUUUGGAUCAAUUUGAUGUACAUCAUUAAGAGGUACAGUCCCUCUGUUCCUUGUGGAGAUCUAUCAGAUGGCUUGGGGCUCCAUGGACUUCCAGAGCAAUUCAUAUGUCCUAAAAGGACACAUUACCCAUUUGUUCCAAAAACAAGUGUAUCUGUAGGGAUGGAAAUUAUCGCAUGGAUUGUAUAACAACUCGGCAUCACACUCGCUUCCUCCCGCAAACAAAAAAACAUGCAGUUUAAAGGACCAGUGUGUUUAUCUCAAUAAUCAUAGGAAAUGUUUAAUAGCAACUUGUAUAAUUUCUAUGAGAAAGCAGGUGAAGUGUUGGCAAAAAGAGCCUUUGCGCAUUAGCUUGUAGUACCUAAACUGCUUAGUCAUUCCCUGUUUCUGUCUAAUGAAUACUCUUGAAAGCAGCAUUGUAACUGACAAGUGAAACAGGAAAUUGUUUGCUAUCAAGUGGUUGUAUUUUCCAUUGACAGACCAAAUAGAUUUAACUCACACAUUUUUGUAUACCAGAAGGUUUUUUUUAUGAUGAUCAUGAUGCAGAAAAAAACAUAUUUAGUAUAUUUCAGUGUGGUUAUGUCACCAGAGUAGAUUAACAAUAUUUUACUCAAUGUCCUGAAUGAGACAGAUUGUUCAGGGUACAGACACAGAUUUGGUGAGGUAAGCAGAAACAAAUAGCAUCACAUGUGCUCUUUUAGACAUAGGCAAAAGUUUUAUUAAACUAUAUGCAAUUAUUACUUUUGUACCAUUUUCCAUAUAAACAGUUUUUCAUUCGGCUGUUUUAUUUGCAUGAGUUGUUUGUAAUGGCAUUUUCAAUACUCAGUAUUCAUAUGAUUCUAAAGUCAGCUUUGGCCAGUAAAGCUAAAAUCACAGUUUUAUUAUCUGCAUAUCACUUGUGAGUUUUACUUAGCUCUGUCAUAUAUCAUUUGUUCCUUAAUGC